AUGUGCUGGGGGUGGUGUGGCUGCUUGCAGGAAGCUUCCGAGGCCGCGUCUCCUACAUCCCGAAGCCUGAGCACGGGGUUAAAGCGCGACGAUGCUGAAGUGCGCAGUGCAUGGUUUCAUGGCGCGGCCAGCUCCCGAAAGCGAAGCGCCUCCCGGGAGUGUGGGGCGAAGGGGCAGUGUGGAGGCCGGGCCCCCACUGCCCCGGGGGUGACGUGGCCGGUGCCCAUCCUCAAGCUCUCUUCCUUCUGCUUCCUUUGCCCCGCCAGGCGUCCUCACCCCCUCGGGGCCACCAUGUCCCUCCCCAAGGGCGAGGGGGGGGUGCCCCCGCCUGCGGGCUUCGCAGCGCACGAGACGGAAUGCAGGAUCUGCUACGAGCACUUCGACGGCCGCACCCGCCAGCCCAAGCUGCUGAGCUGCCGGCAUCGCGUCUGCGCCCGGUGCCUGCGCAGGAUGGCAGAGGAGGGCGAGUCGCCGGGCCGCCUCCGGUGCCCCUUCUGCCGCCGGGAGACGGUGGUGCCGGAGAGGGAGGUGGCGCGGCUUCCGGAGGACGGGCGGGUGCUGGCCCUGCUGAGCUGCCGGGAGCGGGCCCGGAGGCAGGGCGCGGCCGGCCGCUCGCCGGAGGUGCUGCUGUGCCCCGGCGUGCUGGAGCCCUUCGCGGAGGGCCGGCAUGGCUCCUCAGACUGCCUGGUCGUCACUCUCCUGGAGCUGCCCGAGGAUGUGGCGGCCCCCGAGGGGGCGGGGGGCCCGGGCGUGCUGCGCCUCUCCCGGCCGCCCAGCCUGGCCUCGCUGGCCAAGUGCCAGCCCUGCCGCCCCGCCUGGCCGGCCGCCCCGCGCUUCCUCGUGGGCGUGCUGUGCCUGGCCUACCUCAGCUCGCUGCCCCUCGGCAUCUACCUCCUGCUGGUGGAGCGCCUCCGCCUGGGCCUCGCCCUGGCCGGCCUCGUGCCCGCCACCCUCCUCGCCGGCGCCUGCUGCUGCCUCUGUCGGUGCCUGUGCCCCAAGCGCCUCGGCCUGCCUCCGUGA